GGUGCCAGUGGAAUGAUUUGUCCGCGGGCUUGUAUUAUUGUGUUAACCACUACAGGGUGUCUAGGACUACUAGGCUUGGUCUAUGCCAGAACUGUUGCGCUCAACAUCCCUGCGUUUUCCGACACCGUCAAACCACCCAUACCUGAAUCAGCACAACUCCCAGUGGGAGAAGAAGGACUGGAGGAUGAAGAGGAUCCAGAAGUCACGCCAGCUUUGUUCCAGGGAGACAUGGCCCUUACAGACGAGGCAUUUGAACAUUGGCGGGUUGGUUUACGAUGGGAUGUUUUUCCUGAGAAGCUUUGGGAAAAUCGUACAGUUCCCUACGUAAUAAGCCCUUUGUAUGAACCAGACAACUACAUAACAAUUUACAAAGCUAUUACAACAAUAAACUUCAUGACGUGCAUCAAAUUUGUGCCUUGGAAUGGAAAAUCAAAAGACUUCCUACUCAUUUGGCCGAUCAAAUACCCAAAGGGAUGCUGGUCGUACGUGGGCAGGUUUGGAGGGGCUCAGAUUGUGUCCCUCCAGGCCCCAGAUGAGAAGGGCCCCAACUGCCUCGGCAGCGAAGGACGAGCUAUUCACGAGCUUUUACAUGCUCUCGGACUUUUCCAUGAACAAUCGAGGGCCGACAGAGAUAAGUUUGUGAAAAUACAUCUGGACAAUGUUGUUCCUGGAUUCCAAUCAAACUUUGACAAACAAAGUUUGGACAACACAACUUAUAAGUUUGAAUAUGAUUACGACAGCAUUAUGCACUAUGGAAGAUACUUCUUCAGUAAAGGUAAAGGAAAGCCAACAAUCACUGCAAAAUAUCCAGGAGCAAAGUUGGGACAGCGGAAGAUGAUGAGUAAGACGGACUGUUUAAAGGUCAAUGAACUUUAUGGAUGCUUAGAAAAGUCCAAACAUUCACAGAGAAAGUACUACAACUUGUGUAAUUUUCUGGGUUUAUGAAUAUAAAAGCUAAUAUUGUAGUAAAUUUUACCAGCCAAAUUUGGUGUUUUUUCAUCUUAUUAAGUUGAAAACUGUAAAUAAAUACUGAUGGAUUUUCAAUCAAUAAAGUUACAGUUAUUUGU